UAGAAGUUCGAUCGGAACCAUCUUACUCGCUAUUCAUCUGCAUUAACUUGUUUAUGAUUGGGAUGUACCACCAACUCUCAUUCUACCAAUACUCCCUUCUCUUCGAUGGCUAGUUCUACGAUCUACAAUAUCUUUUUCAGAAAGAACUCUUCUUUCUACGCUACUAUAUUCGCGUCAGCCUUUUUCACCAAGAUUGGCUUUGAUAUCUUUGCGGAUAAGGUGUGGGAGAGUGCUAAUGCUGGUAUGCAAUGGAAAGAUGUCAAGCCUCGCUUCUUAAAUAAUGAAGAAGAAGAGGAGUAAACAAUUUAAUUUGGGGUUUUCUUUCUUUUGUGUUUCUGUCAGUCUUUCCUGACUGUCGUGAACAACUUCAAGUCUUUUUGAAAGUAUCUCAGUGAUAUAACUCUCAUUUCCUCCCCCCUUUUCUUUUUACUUUCAGAAUUUGCAAUGCCUCAUAAGCUUCAAUUCGUUCUCUUUACCUUUCGCUUGAACGAAUAAAAUUUUAAUUUCGCCAAGUACCUAUUUUCUAUUAAAUACUUGUCUAUUAUUAGAAAAUUGUAGUUCAAUAUCCAUCCUUUCUGAAGAGCUGUAUUAAAAUACAUGUAAAUUGUCGCUCUAUGAUGCCUGAAUAGCUCUAACGAAGAAAUAAAGGUAAUAGCCGGA